AUCCGGGGCACGGCGCUGCCCAUUGUCUGGGUUCCCAGGCCCGGCGCCGGCGGGGCCUGCGGUGUAGUUGCCGCUGCUGGGGCCUGGACUGUGCCCCCGCCGCCCGGGCCGCCGCCGGCUCCAUGGACCGCAGCUCGAAGAGGCGGCAAGUGAAGCCCUUGGCAGCUUCGCUGCUGGAAGCUUUAGAUUAUGAUAGCUCAGAUGACAGUGACUUUAAAGUGGGCGAUGCCUCAGAUUCUGAAGGAAGUGGUCAUGGGAGUGAAGAUGCAUCAAAGGACAGUGGUGAAGGUUCCUGUACUGAAUCAGAAGAAAAUAUUUUGGAGGAAGUAGCAGCAGAACAAGAGAAAGUGGAAGAACAACCCAAAAGCUCUGCUGGAGAAGAGACACCAGCAACAGAGAAAGAGGUGAUUAAGACAGAAAAGAAAGAUCAGGAGGAAGAGGAUGAGAAGCCAAAAAAGAAAAAAGAGAAAGCCACUGAAUCUGAUGCAAUUGCUGAUGAGCAAUCAAAUGAGCCAAAAAAGUGGAAUUUGCGCCGCAAUCGACCUCUUCUAGAUUUUGUAUCAAUGGAAGAACUAAAUGAUAUGGAUGAUUAUGACAGUGAGGAUGACAAUGACUGGCGGCCUACUGCUGAAAAGAAGAAAGGAAAAAAUGCAUUGCGAAAGGAGGGAAGUGAUGGAGAUAAUGAGGAUGAUGAAGAUGAUGGAAGUGGAAGUGAUGAUGAUGACAAUGAUGAGGAGGGCAAUGAGGAUGAGAACAGCAGCACUGCUAGUGAUGGUGCAUCCAAGAAGAAGAAAAAUAAAGUUCUUAACAGGAGUAAUGCUGAUGAUGAGGAGCUGACAAAUGAUAGCCUGGCUCUUUCACAAAGCAAGAGUAAUGAGGACUCACUGAUUCUUGAGAAGUCUCAGAACUGGAGUUCACAGAAAAUGGACCAUAUUCUGAUUUGCUGUGUUUGUCUUGGGGAUAACAGUGAAGAUGCUGAUGAAAUAAUCCAGUGUGACAAUUGCGGAAUAACAGUGCAUGAAGGUUGCUAUGGAGUUGAUGGAGAGAGUGAUUCUAUUAUGAGUUCAGCUUCAGAAAACUCUACUGAACCUUGGUUUUGUGAUGCCUGUAAAUGUGGUGUCACACCUAGCUGUGAACUAUGUCCUAACCAAGAUGGAAUCUUCAAGGAGACUGAUGCUGGCAGGUGGGUCCAUAUCGUUUGUGCCCUAUAUGUUCCAGGAGUGGCAUUUGGAGACAUUGACAAACUGCGGCCAGUAACACUUACAGAAAUGAACUAUUCUAAAUAUGGUGCCAAGGAAUGCAGUUUCUGUGAAGAUCCUCGCUUUGCCAGAACUGGUGUCUGUAUUAGUUGUGAUGCUGGGAUGUGUAGAGCUUAUUUUCACGUGACUUGUGCUCAGAAGGAAGGAUUGUUGUCAGAAGCAGCAGCAGAGGAGGAUAUAGCAGAUCCUUUUUUUGCUUAUUGUAAGCAGCAUGCAGACAGGCUAGACAGAAAAUGGAAACGGAAGAACUAUUUGGCUUUACAGUCUUAUUGUAAAAUGUCCUUGCAGGAAAGAGAGAAACAGCUCUCGCCAGAAGCACAGGCUCGAAUCAAUGCUAGACUACAGCAAUAUCGUGCUAAGGCAGAACUGGCUCGCACCACGAGGCCUCAGGCUUGGGUUCCAAGGGAGAAGCUGCCACGGCCACUCACUAGCAGCGCUUCGGCCAUACGUAAACUGAUGCGUAAAGCUGAAUUAAUGGGCAUCAGUACAGACAUUUUUCCUGUGGACACUUCAGAUACCAGUUCCAGUGUGGAUGGAAGGAGGAAACAUAAGCAGCCAGCUCUCACUGCUGAUUUUGUGAAUUAUUAUCUUGAGCGAAAUAUGCGCAUGAUUCAGAUCCAGGAAAAUAUGACUGAACAAAAGAAUAUUAAGGAUAAAUUGGAAAAUGAGCAAGAAAAACUUCACGUGGAAUAUAAUAAGCUGUGCGAGUCUUUGGAAGAACUACAAAAUAUGAAUGGAAAGCUACGAAAUGAAGGACAAGGAAUCUGGGCUCUAUUGGGUAGAAUCAUUGGCCAGAAAUUGAACAUACCAGCAAUUUUGCGAGCACCCAAGGAGAGGAAACCAAGUAAAAAAGAAGGAGGAACACAAAAGGCAUCUGCACUCCCAGCAGUUCUUUAUAGUUGUGGAAUUUGCAAGAAGAACCAUGAUCAGCAUCUCCUCUUACUGUGCGAUACUUGUAAACUCCAUUACCAUCUCGGUUGCCUGGAUCCUCCUCUUACAAGGAUGCCAAGGAAGACCAAGAACAGUUAUUGGCAGUGCUCUGAGUGUGACCAGGCAGGUAGCAGUGACAUGGAAGCAGAUAUUGCCAUGGAAACCUUACCAGAUGGGACCAAGAGAUCAAGGAGACAGAUUAAAGAACCAGUAAAAUUUGUUCCACAGGAUGUGCCACCAGAACCAAAAAAAAUCCCAAUAAGAAAUACGAGAACUAGAGGACGGAAAAGAAGCUUUGUUCCUGAAGAAGAAAAACCUGAGGAACGUAUUCCUAGAGAAAGAAGGCAAAGGCAGUCUGUUCUACAAAAGAAGCCCAAGUCAGAGGAUUUAAGAACUGAAUGUGCUACAUGCAAGGGGACUGGAGACAAUGAAAACCUAGUGAGGUGUGAUGAAUGCAGGCUCUGCUACCAUUUUGGUUGUCUGGAUCCUCCUUUGAAAAAGUCUCCCAAACAGACAGGCUAUGGAUGGAUUUGUCAAGAGUGUGAUUCUACAUCCUCCAAAGAUUCCGAACCGUCAAAUGAGGUGGUAGCAGAGGCCCCAGGUAAAGUGGUACCCUCUACCUCAAGAAGUAGCUCUGAAGAGCUGGUAUCGGUGGCACAGAAACAUCCAGAAGAGCUGCCAGCUUUAAACGCCUCUAAGAGAAGAAUUAUGGCAGACUGUUGUUGACAUUUCAGCUAUAAAAGUUGUGGAUAUUUCCUAGAUGAAGUUAAUUGAAAACAGUUAUCCAUACAGUAAGGCUUCAACUACGCGUUUUUCUUUUGCAUCAUAUUUUUGUUGUGCUCUUUCUUUUUUUAGAUCCUGCUCUACUUUGAAAAGUAUUUGUACAGUUCCAUGUUGAUUGUAGACUCUGGUCUGUGAUCUCCCAGUGAUUUCAUAUUAAAUUUCUUCGGUCUGUGAUUUUUUUUUAAAUGCCAGCUCCCCAUAAAAUUGAUCUGAAAGUCAAGUUGUGUUCUUUCCUUCUUAUUUUUCAUCACUAACAGUAUAAUUUUGCAAGCCAAAUUGUACCUGCACAAUUCACGGUUUCUGAUGUUAUCUUAGUCACAAUUCUAAUUUUAUCCCAUGUGGCCCAGUAAAACCUAUCCUGUGCGGAAAACUGUUCCAAAGACCUAUGAAUGAGUUGUUUUUACCAUUAUUAAAGAAUAUAUGUUGCAUUAUUUUUGUAAUGCUACGUACUGCAGUAAACUGGCUACUGUGUUUGUUUACUAUGGCUUUUUGUUAUAUUAAUGUGCAGAUCUGGUUGUCACAAAGUUAUAGUGCUGGCAGCCAAAGAAGAUUUGCCCUUAAGUCAAAAUUUAGAGACCUAAGGCUUUGGGACAGAAACAAAUUUGCCUUGAACAUCUACCAUGACUAUGAAAAUUGGUGUUUUCAGUGUACACCACAUAGUAAGAAUAGUAAAAUACAAUAUAUAGCUAUAGGAUUUAGGGAAGGAAAGGCAUGUUAGAUCAUGUAAUCUCCCUAGAAAUGCAGGAUUAUUUCCAUUAAAAAUUCUAGUGUUUUAUCUACUCUGGUUUUAAAAGUUCUAAGCAAUGUGGGAGUCUUUUCCUCUGGUUCUGUGCUCUGUUCACCAGCUUCCUAUGGAACAUUGUUGUUAUAGUCUUUCUUUUUUCAUUCAUGACCAGUUGUAACAGAGAGCCAGUCUGUGAUAGCCAUGCAUUUGAAAUAAUCUUCUGAGAAUAUAGACAAUUCAGAUGAUUCAUACCAAACCAUGUUUUAAUCUGAAAGUUACUUGUAGUCAAGCUGGACAUCUCAGGUUGCAAGGCCAGAUGAACUGUGUCCUGAGUUAACGCACAAGUUAUUCACCUGUCCAGAAAUAAGUAUAGUGCCUUGUCUCUUUAAUAUAAGUAUUUCUUGUAAUCUGAUUACUGUUUCCCAUUAAUCAUUUUUAAUUGUCAUGAGAGACAGUAAGCUGUAUAUUAAAUAUUAGUGACAGCAUAAA